UUUGAUUUCGAUGAUGGAGGCGCCUAUUGCGGGGGCUGGGAAGGGGGCAAAGCCCACGGGCACGGCAUCUGCACUGGUCCCAAGGGCCAGGGCGAGUAUUCGGGCUCCUGGAACUAUGGCUUCGAAGUGGUGGGCAUAUACACAUGGCCUAGUGGCAACACCUAUGAAGGCUACUGGUCCCAAGGCAAGAGGCAUGGCCUAGGAAUCGAGACCAAAGGACGGUGGGUUUACAGAGGCGAGUGGACCCAUGGCUUUAAGGGACGGUACGGUGCGAGGCAGAGCAUGAGCAGUGGAGCCAAGUAUGAAGGUACCUGGAAUAACGGCCUACAGGAUGGCUAUGGCACAGAGACAUACGCUGAUGGAGGUAAGGGUGACUCUGGAGGGGCUGGGAGGGUGAUGAACAAUGUGAUACCCAACAUGCAAUGGCAGAGGCUGUGUGUUGCCCCUGCUGAAGAGGUGACCUGA